CUAUAUAAUUCAUGCAAAUUGCUCUAAAAAAUUGAACUCGUGUUGCUGGUUUCUUCUUGUGUCCAUUUCUAUAACAUCAACAUGCAUGCUUGGAUAACUUUUUAUUUUGAUCUUUUAUAAUAACCUUGAAUUUUUCUGAAUUUUGAAGCAAAGGGGUGAGGUUUUCUUCCAUGUUAUUUCUACUGGAUUUCAGAUUCUGCAUUAAACAAUAUCAAUGAGAAUGCUGACAAAUUUCUUUUAUCCUCAGACACACAGUUUUGUUAUCCCAGCUGGUUUCAUAGCCGUUCGUUUUUCAUUUUUCUUUUAUUUAUUUAUUUAUUCUUUGGAAUCUCUGAAGAUUCCCUUUUUUCAUUGAACUCCUUCUUGGAAAUGACACCUAUCAUUUAUAUCUUUACAUAUAAGACAUGAAAAUUGUCAUAUAGAAAUAGGAAUAUCUCUUAAACCAUAAGAUUAUUCUGUUGCAAAAUGUUUUCUUCUCCCCAUCACUUUUUCUUUUUAAUAUUUUUAUUUUCUGGCUCCAAGUCCAAGCAAUAAUUAAUGGGACCCUUUUUACUUUUUCAUGGAUAGUAAAUAUAUAAAUAAGGAAUGUAAUGUAAUACAAAAACAUUACAACUUCUCUUCUUGGAGUAUAGUUGCAUUUUUUUCAUCCAUAAUCUUUUCCUUGAGGAGCUUUAACAACACAACAAUGGGAGCUGGAGGGCGUGUCACUAAGAUUGAAGCUCAAAAGAAGCCUCUUUCAAGGGUUCCACAUUCAAACCCUCCAUUCAGUGUUGGCCAACUCAAGAAAGCAAUUCCACCACAUUGCUUUGAACGUUCUCUUUUCAUAUCAUUCUCCUAUGUUGUCUAUGAUCUCUUAGUGGCCUACUUACUCUUCUACAUUGCCACCACUUAUUUCCACAAGCUUCCAUACCCAUUUUCCUUCCUUGCUUGGCCAAUCUAUUGGGCCAUCCAAGGCUGCAUUCUCACUGGUGUUUGGGUGAUUGCUCAUGAGUGUGGCCACCAUGCCUUCAGCAAGUACCAACUUGUUGAUGACAUGGUUGGUUUGACCCUUCACUCUUGUCUAUUAGUUCCUUAUUUCUCAUGGAAAAUCAGCCACCGCCGCCACCACUCCAACACCGGUUCCCUCGACCGCGACGAAGUGUUUGUCCCAAAACCAAAAUCAAAGGUAUCAUGGUAUAACAAGUACAUGAACAAUCCACCAGGGAGGGCUAUCUCCCUCUUCAUCACACUCACACUAGGAUGGCCCUUGUACUUGGCCUUCAAUGUUUCUGGCAGACCCUAUGAUAGAUUUGCAAGCCACUAUGACCCUUAUGCUCCCAUAUACUCUAACAGGGAAAGGCUUCUAAUUUAUGUCUCAGAUUCAUCUGUCUUUGCUGUAACAUAUCUGCUAUAUCACAUAGCAACUCUGAAAGGUUUGGGUUGGGUGGUAUGUGUUUAUGGGGUGCCAUUGCUCAUUGUGAAUGGGUUUCUAGUUACCAUAACCUAUUUGCAGCACACACAUGCAUCAUUGCCUCACUAUGAUUCAUCCGAAUGGGACUGGUUAAGAGGAGCAUUGGCAACAGUGGACAGAGAUUAUGGGAUACUGAAUAAAGCAUUUCAUCAUAUAACUGAUACGCAUGUGGCUCAUCAUUUGUUCUCAACAAUGCCUCAUUACCAUGCAAUGGAAGCAACCAAUGCAAUAAAGCCAAUAUUGGGUGAUUACUACCAAUUUGAUGGCACCCCAUUUUACAAAGCAUUGUGGAGAGAAGCCAAAGAGUGCCUCUAUGUGGAGCCAGAUGAUGGAGCUUCUAAGAAGGGUGUUUAUUGGUACAAGAACAAGUUCUGAUGCAUAGUCAGAGUUGAAAACGUUUGUGUUAAAUUAGAAACUUAAGUACUUUAGUAACUUGUAAUGGUCAUCAACAAUAAUAAACAAUGUGUGUGUGGAUUUGCCAUGUAAUGUACUACUACUACUACUACUA